AUGCAGGGCUUCAAAAAGCAUGAAGCCAGUUGCAAGAAGCGCAACGACAUCGAGAAGGAACGAGAGGCCUUCGCCCUCGAGCACGAACAAGAUCAAAGGCGAGCUCGCCGGCAGGCAGCAUGUAUCGGUAUCAGGUUUCCAAGCACCGGCCCAUCACAAUCACUCAAUAAUGUUCCCUCCACGAGUGAAGAUGAGGAACCAAUCAUUCCUCCAGACCCUUCAUUUGAUUUCGAUGCCUUGGGUAACAUUGACUUCGAGGGUGCCAUUGACAAUGACCUGUUAGAUGUCGAACUAGAAGACAAUCUCAGCGUGUGGUAG